UCAUUCCAGUGCUUUAUCCACUGUCUUCUGCCAAUACUACGAUAGCGUCCCACGGUGUAUUUGUUUGUAUGCACCCGACUCUACGCUCUCCCAUGCGAUACUUUUGGUUUGAUGAUCAUUCAGCUAAUUUAAACUGCCAGUGAUUCACUAUUGCAUCAUUUCAACCAACCAACUAUCCUAGUCUUUUAUCAACACACAAAUCAGGAAGCUAUGUCGAUUCCUUCCGGUGUGCAAAUCAAGGACGAAUGCAUUACCGCAGUCAACGAACUGCGGUCUCGAAGAGAUGCAAACAAACCCCGUUACGUCAUUUACAAAAUCUCUGAUAACGGCCAGAGUGUUGUCGUGGACGAGACCUCAUCAGACAAAAACUAUGAAGGAUUCCUGAAUAAGCUUGCAUCUGCCACUGACGACAAGGGUAAACCUGCCCCUCGUUAUGCUGCCUACGAUGUCGAAUAUGACCUCGGAGAGGAGGGGAAGAGAAUUUCAACUGCCUUUAUCUCCUGGGUUCCUUCAGGUUCAUCAAUCAAGUCUCGCAUGGUCUAUGCUAGUACUAAGGAGCAGCUAAACAAGGCACUCAAUCUCCCCGUGUCGAUACAUGCCGACGAUCUUGAUGAUAUUGAGUGGCAUAGUGUUGUUCGGCGUGUGAGUCGAGGAAGGGUAUAAAUAUUCAAAAUGUAUAAAUAGCGGUUUAGCUAAUUCUAUAAGGCAAGCUAUAUAUUUUCUAUUAUAUCCCUAGGCUAGUCAACCGCCUAAUACGGAGUAAUGAUUAUAGCUUAGUAACUUAUGAUUAAAA